AUGGGACUGUGGAGCUUGAAACACAGAGGAGAGUGGAGACGAGUGGAGCCCAAUGGAUUCUGGGACCAGGAUCACACAUCUGUUGUGUGCAGAGACCUGGACUGUGGCUCUGCUGUUUAUGGAGAACAGAGAGAUGAUUUUCCACAGAGUCGUGUGUGGAGGGUCUCAUCUGACUGUGUGAAGGAGUCUUCAGUGAGAGAAUGUGUCUUUGAUUCAUCCUCCUCUCCUCUUCCUCUUCCUCUUGGGGGUCUGGAGGUGAAAUGUUCAGAGUCGGUGCGGUUGGUCUCGGGGUCCGGUCUGUGUUCAGGAUCAGUGCAGAUCUGGGACGGGUCCUGGACCGGGGUCUGUGACGGGGACUUGGACCAGCGGGGGGCAGAGGUGCUGUGCAGGGAGCUGGGCUGUGGGGCUCCUUCUCUCCUCCAGGGGGCGCUCUCUCCUCUGGGGCAGACGUUCCACUGUGAGGGCCAUGAGUCUGCUCUGAUGGACUGUCCCCGCUCCAACUCAAGCACCUGCUCCUCUGGAACCACUGUCCACCUCACCUGCUCAGAGCCGCUCAGGUUGGUGGGAGGAGUCAGUCGCUGUGCUGGAACUGUGGAGCUGAAACACAGAGGAGAGUGGGGACGAGUGGUGCCCAAUGGACUCUGGAACCAGGAUCACACAUCUGGUGUGUGCAGAGACCUGGACUGUGGCUCUGCUGUUUAUGGAAAACAGCGAGAUGGUUUUCCACAGACUCGUGUGUGGGGGGUCACACCUGACUGUGUGAAGACGUCUUCACUGAGAGAAUGUGUCUAUGAUUCACCCUCCUUUUCCAGGGCUCUGGAGGUGAAAUGUUCAGAGUCGGUGCGGUUGGCUCGGGGUCCGGUCUGUGUUCAGGAUCAGUGCAGAUCUGGGACGGGUCCUGGACCGGGGUCUGUGACGGGACUUGGACCAGCGGGGGGCAGAGGUGCUGUGCAGGGAGCUGGGACUGUGGGGCUCCUUCUCUCCUCCAGGGGGCGCUCUCUCCUCUGGGGCAGACGUUCCACUGUGAGGGCCAUGAGUCUGCUUCUGAUGGACUGUCCCCCUCCAACUCAAGCACCUGCGCUCCUCUGGAACCACUGUCAAUCUCACCUGCUCAGGUAA